AAUCUGUAGCUCAUGGGAUUCAUGGUAAAGCCGUUGAUAUUUGGGCACUUGGUUGCAUUGUUGUAGAGAUGAUCACAGGGAGACGGUUAUGGUUGUGCCAUAAAAAUAGUGACGAUUUGGACUUCAAGAUUACACAUGAAGAACCUGUGAUUCCGAGUAACGUUUCUAAUAUAUGCAAGGACUUCCUGGUCAAGUGUUUUGAAAAAGAUCAUAAUUGGAGAUGGACUGCAGAUAUGCUGCUUAAUCAUCCAUUCAUUAAGAAUGCUAUGUCCGGUAAAUAUCAUCCAGAAGAUCAUGAGCUGAUCAGUAAUAAAGUUAUCAUUAACCCUUUUAGCCAUUGCGAAAGCUGGGUUUCUAAGCGGCAUUUGUUUUCAACGUGCUUUCAUUUGCCUUCAAGUGAUAACUUGAGAUCAAGGUAUGCUAUUUUUCGAGCAGAGAAUGCACAAUGUCGAAUUUCAGAAGCUCCUAAUUACUCUCGUCCUCUGUGUUAG